AUGACCCCGGCAGUUUACACCCUUCAGAUUCACCUUCCAGAUCAGCAAUUCAUUUCCUUUGACAAGAACUCUGACUUGCUGCAAUUACUGAGUAAAAUUGACUUUUCUAAGACAAUGUUAACUCAGUUUUUUCGCAUGAACAGAACCAAUCCCAGAGCACAGAAUCUGAAAUGCUUGUACAGAAAUUUUCCUGAGCAUUUUGUUUGGUCUGGUAAAUACAAAGAGUGGACUGAAAGAAAGCGUCGAAAGGUGAUUGGUCGUAUGGUCACUGUUAGUCCAAAGGAAGGAGAAAGAUAUUAUUUGAGGUUGCUUUUGACACACAUUGCUGGCCCGACCUCUUUUGAAGACCUUUUGACUGUUAAUGCACAGAAAUUAGAUUCUUUUAGAGAAGCUGCUUUAGCUCUUGGCCUUCUACAAUCCGAUGCGUAUAUAGAGGAGACACUUCAGGAAGCGAUAGCAUUUCAAAUGCCAUCUUCAUUGAGGCUAUUGUUUGCCACUCUCCUUGUACGGAAAGUUUUGCAAGAUAUUAACAGUUCACUUGAACAAAUGGGGAAAACCAUUACUGAUUUCCACUUUGUCUCUGACGAUUUUACAUGCGAUUAUACUGAACGGUUAACAAAGGAGAUUCAAAGUGAGAGAAGCUUAGCAGUGACACCUAAGGAUCUGCUUUUGCCUCAGAUGCUAAAUUCUGAGCAAAAACAUGCCUAUGAUCUAAUCCUAGCAGCAUGUUUUUCCUUAGAAGGCCAGGCUUUUUUCGUUGAUGGCCCCGGCGGCACCGGUAAAACGUUCCUGUAUCGGUCGCUUCUCGCGACCUUACGGUCACAGAACCAUGUUGCAAUUGCAGUGACAACAUCUGGAAUUGCAGCAUCAAUCCUUCCUGGUGGAAGGACAGCUCACUCGAGAUUCAAGAUACCGCUUGAUUUCUCGAAAGGUAAGAGUUGCCAGCUUAGUAAGCAAAGUUCUGCUGCAAAGCUCAUUUCAGAAUCUAAGCUUAUUUUGUGGGAUGAGGCUUCAAUGGCUAAGCGGGACACAAUUGAAGCCUUCGAUGAAUUGCUGAAGGAUUUAAUGGACUCAGAUUUACCUUUUGGAGGAAAGGUAAUAGUUUUUUGA